ACUGAUGAGGGUCAGGAGGCGGACCUACAGCUCAAAGAGACGGCCAAAAAGACCCUGAAGUCGAUGCCGUCGAUAGAGUCGCUGAAGUUUAGCGUCAAAUAUAUGACCGAAAAUAUUGUGAGGUUUACAAUAAGGGACGCCAAGAAUGCCAGAUAUGAGGUACCGGUGCAACAGGUGUUAGAUCUCAUGGAUAAAGUGGAAAAGGAUAAGACAAAGCGACGGUAUUCAGUGGAUGUCAGCACAGACUCCAAAGACUUCAAGUUCUCUAUCACCCGUAAAGACACUAAAACUAAAGUAUUUGAUACAUCCAUUAGUGGGCUGGUAUUCGCCGACCAGUUCCUACAAUUAGCCACCAAUUUGGCCACAAAAAACGUCUACGGGUUUGGGACAAACCACUCAGGCACUGAUAAUCUCUACGGUGUCCACCCGUUCUAUAUCGUACUGGAAACGGAUGGCAAAGCGCACGGAAUACUGUUCUUCAACAGCAACGCCAUGGAGUACACACUUUUACCCGACCCGGCCUUAUCGCUGAAAACGUUGGGCGGAGUUCUGGACUUUUUCGUGUUUUUGUGCGAUAAUCCCGAACACGUGAUACAGUUGUAUACGUCGGUCAUCGGGCGUCAAACGAUGCCUCCCUUUUGGGGACUCGGGUACCAACUGUGCCGAUACGGGUAUACCGGUACCAAAAAUCUGCGCGAGGAUACAAUGUAUAUCGACAUCGACUAUAUGGACCGAUACGAAGAUUUCACGUACGAUAAGUCGGCGUUCGCUGGACUACCGGAGCUGUUUAAGGAUACCAAAACCAAGAACCAACUUCACUGGACCCUAAUCCUGGACCCGGGUAUUGAGGGCAACAACAAACAGUACCAGACGUUCAGCGAGGGCUACAAAAACGACGUGUUCGUCAAAUGGCCUAAAAGUGUGGACCCGAAGGACCGGUUUAACCCGCCGGACGCCCCCACCAAUAAGGACACCGUAUAUGGUAAAGGACAAAUUAAAAACCUGCACGAUAUUUUGCCGUUCGAUUCGUUGUGGAUUGAUAUGAACGAGCCCUCCAACUUUAACGCCAGGUGCCCGAAUAAUAAGUACGACUUCCCGCCAAUCAGAUCGGUCAACAUUAUCGGCAACCAACUAUCGGCCUCCACGUUAUGCAUGGUAGCUAUCCAGGGUGAAAAGGGUGAAUAUAAGCACUACGACGUGCACUCCCUAUACGGACUUGUAGAUCUUUAA